ACACACUUUGGUGUUUUCAGUCCCAGCGGACACUGUUGUGAAGCUGGACCUGCAGAGAAGGAGCUGCACAUCGGAGAGCAGGGAAGCAGGGAAAACAUCGGCAACAAAAGGUUUUCAGUGCCAAACUCCACGUCCAAAAGAAAGGAAAAGCUUUAAAUAACCACCUGCUGCAAAAAAAGAAGAUCUCCAUUUAAAAACAAUUCCUGGAUAUUUGUUUUAUUUUUUUUUAAAAAAAGAAGAAGAGGAGGCGCGCCGGUGCGUCAUGAUGGAUGUGGCGGCUGAUCAGCCCCGCUGGAUGCCUCACCACGCAGUGCUGAACGGACAACACCCGGACUCCCACCACCAUCCCGGCCUGGGCCACAACUACAUGGAGCCCGCGGCGCAGCUGCUGCCUCCGGACGAGGUGGAUGUUUUCUUCAACCACCUGGACUCGCAGGGAAACCCUUAUUACCACAACUCGGCCAGGGCCAGGGUGUCCUACAACCAGGCGCACACUCGUCUGACGGGGUCUCAGGUCUGCCGGCCGCUUCUCCACAGUCCGGGACUUUCAUGGCUGGACGGAGGGAAAGCAGCCUUGUCGGCCCACCACCACCACCACCACCACCACAACCCCUGGGCCGUGAGCCCCUUCAGCAAGCCCACCCUGCACCACCACCACCCGGGCUCGGCCUCGCCCGGCUCCCUCCCGGCCGUGUACCCGUGCAGCUCCAGCGCGGUCUCCGCGUCCCCGCCGUCCCAAAGCAGCUCCCAGCUGUACCCGUUUCCCCCCACACCACCCAAGGACGUGUCCCCGGAUCCAGGAGCCGCGUCUCCCCACUCCUCUUCCCCAUCCUCCUCCUCCUCCUCCUCAGCCGUCAGGAUGGACGAGAAGGACUCUCUGAAAUACCAGCCCCUACCUGAGGUGAUGAAGAUGGAGGAGUCGAGUCCGCUGAGGGGCAGCUUGACACCCUCCACCCACCACCCCAUCCCGACCUACGCCCCCUACUCUCUCCCGGCGGCCCACGAGUACGGCGGCAGUCUGUUCCACCCGGGCAGCCUGCUGGGCUCUCCACCCGGCUUCAGCUCCAAGCACAAAGGCAAGGCCCGCUCCUGCACCGAGGGCCGUGAGUGUGUGAACUGUGGGGCCACCUCCACGCCUCUGUGGAGACGUGACAACACCGGGCACUACCUGUGCAACGCCUGCGGCCUGUACCACAAGAUGAACGGCCAGAACAGACCCCUCAUCAAACCCAAACGCAGACUGUCUGCUGCUAGACGGGCGGGCACCUGUUGUGCCAACUGCCAGACGACCACCACCACCCUUUGGCGGCGCAAUGCGAAUGGCGACCCGGUGUGCAACGCCUGCGGCCUCUACUAUAAGCUGCACAACGUGAACCGGCCCCUCACCAUGAAGAAGGAGGGAAUACAGACUCGUAAUCGGAAGAUGUCCAACAAGUCCAAAAAGAGCAAGCGGGCCUGCGACAGCUACGAGGAGUUUUCCAAAAGUCUGCACGACAAGAGCUCCCCCUUCUGCGCCGCCUCCCUGGCGGGCCACAUGUCCAUGGGUCACUUGCCGCCUUUCGGCCACACGGGGCACAUGCUCCCCACGCCCACUCCCAUACACCCGUCGUUCGGCCACCCGCACCACUCGAACAUGGUGACGGCGAUGGGCUGAGGGGCCGAGAGGAUGGGUUUCCUUAUGUUUAAAGACAUGAUUACACAAAAAGGGGCAUAAUGAAAGCCAGUGUGUACAGUGUUUCAGACAUGCGGCACGUGUGUCUAUAACUUUGAUUGUCUUUUAAAUUUUUUUUCCGAUA